AUGCCGAACUUCAAGCCAACAGAGCCCGAAACGCGCGACCACUACUUCGACUUAGGUUUAGAUGAGUCUGCCACAACAUCAGAGAUCAAGAAGGCGUUCAAAAGAUUAGCGCUACUAUAUCAUCCGGAUAAGAAGGCACCAGGCGAAACCAUAGAUGCUGUGCGAGAGGCAGUCGAGACACUGGCAGAUCCUGAAGCACGAAGCGAAUACGACACACGAUACGCAGACAUCCAGGAAAAUUGGAACAUCUAUCGCCGCGAUUAUGCGUAUUACGAAUACCGAGUCGAAUGCGAGCGCAUCGAAGCUGAAGAGGAACAAGCGCGUAUGGAGAGGGAACAACAGCGCCAGGCGGGGGAGAAACAACGCAAAGCAGAAGAUGAAGCUCGUGCAGAUGCUGAGCGAACUGCUCGAGAGAAGAAGGAGAAGCUUGCAGAAGAGAGGUCGCGUCAAGCGGCAGAACGUGCAGCAAAAGUGCAAGCUAAGGCAGCUGAGGAGCGACUGCGGAAAUUAGAAGAGGAGCGAGAAAUCUACCGAAAAUGGCGCCACGAACAACGCCAAAAGGAGGCCGAAGAGCGCGAAGCAAAAGUCAGAGAGCAACAUCGCCUUGAACAAGAGCGAAAGGCCCAAGAGUAUCUCGCUGCACUGGAGGCACAACAGAAGCUCGCAGAGCAGAAGGCGCGCCAGGUGGAAGAAUUGAUGGUCCGAACGUACAUGCAACAAUUCUUUACCGAGACCGUCGACGCAGAGAGUCAACGCAUACAGCGGCGCGUCCGCCUGGCGCACAUAUGGGCGCGACAACUCCACACAGACGCAAAGACUGCUGCUGGUGCAGGACCUGAUGCCAAAUCCGAGUGUGUAGAACUGGGGUGGCACCGGAUCGAUGGCACUGCCACCUGCGACUUUUGCGUCAAGGAUGUGAAGCUGUACUUCUUUGCGUGUCCCUUGGGAGGGGCGGCGGCGUGUGGGGACUGCAAGUAUAAGUUCGCGCAUGGGUACGAGACGGCGAGUGGGGAGGUUAUCGGAAAGCGCAACGGAGAGGAGAAGAAGGCCGGCAAAGUCGGUGGAAAGAAGGGCAAGAGUAAGGGCAAAGGCAAAGGGAAGAAUUGA